AUGCUUGUUGUUAGGUGGCCACAUGUUACGUUAGCAAGUGACGAUUCUGCUUGGUUUACCCAGUUCCCACGUAGUGAAGGCUGUGAACCACCAUGGAGCCCUGCCAACGAACAUGAUGAACAUGACAUCACCAAAUCGCUAGACAAGAAAAUUUUCUUUUUCUGGCAAUCAUCAUGUCCGUAUGAGGCGUCGUGGCUUGGCAGCUUUACGUGGGAAAUACCAGGUUCAACCCGUUUAAGGGAGACCUGUUUUUUACUCUGGCCAUGUUGUCAACAAGUCCGGAUUGUCAAAUGUACCACAACGAAUUGUAUGACACGGACACACUGUAGUGAUAAUCUGAAGAUAGCUAACUCUGUUUGUUGCGAGACUAAUUUUCGUCAACAUAAGGACAUUUACGUCUUCUGUCCAUCCACAUACUGGCAGGAAAAUGGAAAGUGGGAACGAGUGGAUUGUAAGAGGUUUCCAAAACGUUGUCUCAAACUGGUAACUAUAUCUGUACCACAAUGUUGUGAAUGUUGGUCAUGUCGAGGUGCUCAUCAUAUACAUCAACUAACCGACGAAAAACCAGUUGAACAUGUAAAACCAGCCCCAGCUGAAAAACCAGGUAGAGAUGCAAAACCAAUCAACACUCGUGGAUAACUAUAUUUAUUGCUAUCAAAGCAUUGUCAUACAUGCAAGCAAUAUAAAAAUAAUAAAAAAUAUAAUUGUU